GCAGCAGCCUGGAGGGAAGCAGCGUGCCACGUUGUCCUGCCUACCCAGACAGAGCUUGUGUAUCUUGUGUCUGCACGGGAAUACCACAGAAAGGACCACCCACCAUGUCGGCAGUUACGGAGGUUCAGAACACCACAACCGAGGCCCUGGCCGCCCUGCUAGACGGGGGUGACGGCGCCCUGGUGACGCUGGUGGCGGGCGAGACGAGGGUGGCGGCUCACAGGGCCGUGUUGGCGGCCGCGAGCCCCGUGUUCGCAGCGAUGUUCGCGCACGACAUGCUGGAGGCCAGCUGCGGCCAGGUGAGCAUCGACGACGUGGAGGGCCCGGUGCUGAGGCUCCUGGUGGCCUACACGUAUACCCUGCAGGCCCCCCAGCUGCCCGACACGGCCGCCCAGCUGCUCUCGGCGGCCGACAAAUACGGCUUGUCGGCCCUGAAGGCUGCCUGCGAGCUGCAGCUGAUCUCGCAGUUGGCCGUCGAGACCGCAGCGGCGACGGCCGUCAGGGCAGUGAGGCACUCGUGCCCGGACGCCACCAGGGCUGCCGUCGCCUUCAUAAAGGACCACCUGCAGGUGAUGGCCACGCGGGGCUGGGCGGAGCUGUGCUCGAGUACCCGCAAGAAGUCAUUGAAGUCGGCCGUCUGCUCGGUGAGCCACCUGCAGAAGCCAGCUCGCCGACCGCCACAGGGGGUGGGUCCACCCCCAACUCUGACAGUCAACCCCACAGCGCCCACAGCCGGACUCCUGCUGCAGCUGCGCCUCCCACGUCUGCCCGACACACCCCUCCACCUGAUGACGCAGCCGUCUCUCGCUUCCGGAGCCUUUCUGAGGAGGAGCGAGGCAGGAGGCUGAGAGAGGCGGCUGUGGAGGGGGCGGUGGAGGAGGUGCGGGCGUUGCUCGCGGGUGGGGCGGACGUGGGGGCGAUGGACGG